AACUAAAAGAUAAGGAUUAAUGAGUACUCCGCAAUAGAGUAACUUUCUCUCUCCUCAGACGCGAAACCUGUGUUCUUCAGUCUGCAUCUCCUUCUUCCUCCUCCCGCAUCAUCCUCCUCCUAAAACCCUAACAACAAAAGCAGCGAUCUUUUAGUUGGUAGUUCUAUAUAUAGUCGGCGCCGCCUCCUCCAACCACCUCUCCUCCGCCGCUGCUGCCGCUGCUAUUCCCGGUAAUUAUCUACAAAUCGAUAUUUCUGUCAAUUUUAUUUGAAUUUAAUUGAUUCAAAGAUGCAAUUUUCUGAGUUGUUCAAUAUAUUCUGGGGUGAGUUUGAUUUGGUGUUGUGAAAUUCGUACUGUACUUUUUUUGAUAUGUUUCAUCGUUGAUCGAAUCGAACAUAGUGAUUGAAAACCCUAAUUGAAAAAAACCCUAAUUCUGGUAGUGAAUUAAUUGGGGAUGUCUGCAAAUCCGAACAAUAAUCAACCCAAGAACAUUGGGAGACCAAUGUCAUCCCCAUUUGGAAAUACUGGGAUGGUAAACCCUAAUUUGCCCCCUAAUUACAACCCAUCGUCAUCAUCAUCUUCCCAACCUCAACCCCAACCCCAAAAUCAACCUCAUCAAUUAGGGUUUGGGUUUCAGAAUCAGUUCCAAUUAGCCCAAGCCCAAGCCCAUGCCCUAGCUCAAGCGCAGUCGAAAGCUGCUGCUGCUGCACAUGCUCAUCUUUUACAAGCUCAGGGUAUGUCCAUGAAUCAGUCACAAGCUAUGGGGAUGAUGGGUAAUUUGGGUGGUGGUGGUGGUGGUUCAUCACCUUCAAUGUCAGGUGCUGGGAAUUUGAGUGGUGUUAAGAGGGUCCCACAGAAACCCCCCGUUCGGCCCCCGGGACCCACGGGUGGUGGUGGUAUUAACAUGAUGUCCCCACCUAUGAAGAACAUGAUGGAGCUUACACCGGCUUCCGCUGCUAGGAGGAAGAAGCAGAAACCGCAAGAAAAGCAUUUGAGUGAGAGAAUUGCUCCUAUAUUGCCUGAAUCUGCUUUGUAUACUCAACUUCUCGAGUUUGAAUCCCGUGUUGAUGCUGCGUUGAUGAGGAAGAAGGUUGAUAUUCAAGAGGCUUUGAAAAACCCGCCUUCUGUUCAGAAAACUCUUCGGAUUUACGUGUUUAACACUUUUGCAAAUCAAAAUCAGAGUCAGUCUAUGCCGAAGAAGGACCCACCUACUUGGACUUUAAAGGUAAUAGGGAGGAUAUUGGAGGACGGGAUUGAUCCCGAACAGCUUGCUACCAUGAAACCAAACCCGAUGUACCCAAAGUUCUCUAAUUUUUUCAAAAGGGUUACCAUUGCAUUAGAUCAGAGGUUGUACCCUGAAAACCAUUUAAUAGUAUGGGAAAAUUCCCGGUCAUCUGCACCGACAGAGGGUUUUGAGGUGAAAAGGAAAGGGGAUAAAGAAUUUACAGUGAAUAUUCGGUUUGACAUGAACUAUUUACCUGAGAAAUUCAAACUUUCACCACCUUUGACUGAACUUCUGGGUAUAGAAGCUGAAACUCGCCCGAGAAUUAUAGCAGCAAUCUGGCACUAUGUUAAAGCAAGAAAGUUGCAGAACCCAAAUGACCCAUCCUUGUUUAAUUGUGACCCGCAACUUCAAAAGGUAUUUGGAGAAGAAAAGAUGAAAUUCACCAUGGUUUCUCAGAAGAUAUCACAGCAUUUGACCCCACCACCACCGAUACAGGUGGAACAUCCAAUCAAGCUUUCGGGAAUUUCCCCUUCUGGAAAUGCUUGUUAUGAUGUAUUGGUGGAUAUACCUUUCCCGAUACAGAGAGAGCUAUCCAUGUUGCUGGCAAACACCGAGAAAACUAAGGAGAUUGAGGCUUGUGAUGAGGGAAUUUGUGCUGCUAUAAGGAAGAUUCAUGAGCACCGUAGAAGGAGAGCGUUCUUUCUAGGGUUUAGUCAGUCACCCGUGGAAUUCAUUAAUGCGUUGAUAGAAUCGCAAAGCAGAGAUCUCAAGGUUGUUUCUGGAGAAGCUAGUCGUAAUGCAGAACGAGAACGUAGAUCAGAUUUUUUCAACCAACCAUGGGUUGAGGAUGCCGUUAUUCGCUACUUAACUCGCAAACCAGCCAAUGCACCUGAUGGUCCUGGAAGCACAUAAACAAGGUGGUUGGUUAGAUGAGCUAUAUAGAACUGAAACUGCUGGUUAGCCUCCUCUUCAAAGUUCGGAGCUUUUCGUGUUACUCCAUUGUGUAACUAUUUGUUGUAUCUUAAUGUUAUAUCAUUAACUGAUAAGGUCACAGUUUGCAUCUUAUUUGCCCAUUUGGUGCAUAUCUGAAAUUGAGCUUUUUGCUUGUGUA